AGAGUGGGACCCAGAGGCCAUGGACAGGCCUUGAUUCCCUGGGGAUCCCAAGAGUGUCCCUGACUCACCCGGGCUCACAGGGCUCUGGACCCCGGGCCGGCAUGACUGGGUGCGGCCGGCGGCCCAGCAGGAGCUAGGAGGUGACCGACCGCCUUGUCUUGAUCUGGGGCGCAGCGUCUGGCCAGGUUGGUGGCGUGGGCAGGUUGGAAAGCAGGCCCAGAGAAAGAAGGAAAGAUCCCAGCGACACUUGGCCUGGGCCCCGAGGGGCGUGGGCACCCGAGGGUGGCCUGGCCUGGGGGCGGGGCCACCGCCAGGAUAAAGACGCCUCCUUCCCGCGGGCGGCCACUCCAGCCGCUGCGCCUUUGCCCCCCGCCGGUAUGGCCCCGUCGCCACUCCUGCCGUCCCUACCGCUGCUGCUGCUGCUGCUGCUGCUACUGGAAGUCCCCGCUGUGACGCGGGCGUCCUCGUUGGCCUCCCAGAGGGUGUCCGCCUGCAAGGUCCACGACCUGUGUCUGCGGGAGCCCCUCCAGAAGUCCCCGGAGCUGCUGGUCAAUGUGAGCCUCUACUACGAGUCCCUGUGCGGAGGCUGCAGGUACUUCCUGGUCAGAGACCUCUUCCCAACGUGGCUGAUGGUCAUGGAGAUCCUCAAUGUCACCCUGGUUCCCUACGGAAACGCCCAGGAGCGGAAUGUCAGCGGCACGUGGGAGUUCACGUGCCAACACGGGGAGCGGGAGUGCCAGCUGAACAAGGUGGAGGCCUGCCUGUUGGACCAGCUGGAGAAGAGCGCUGCCUUCCUCACCAUUGUCUGCCUGGAACAGCUGGACGACAUGGAAAAACAUCUGAAACCGUGCCUGGAGCUCUAUGCGCCCGAGGUGUCCCCAGACAGCAUCAUGGACUGCGCAACCGGGGCGCGAGGCACCCAGCUCAUGCACGCCAACGCCCAGCUCACAGACGCGCUGCAGCCGCCCCACCAGUAUGUGCCCUGGAUCCUCGUCAACGGGAAGCCCCUGAAAGACCCCAGCCAGCUCCUGAGCCUCGUCUGCCAGCUGUAUCAGGGUGAGGAGAAGCCAGAUGUCUGCUCCUCCAUGGCCACCACCCCCAGGGAGGUCUGCUACAAGUGACCAGGAGUUAGUGUCCCAGGACGGAAAGGACAGGAAGAGCCAGAGCCUAGCUGCCACCCUUCUUCGGAUCCCCAGCCCUCGGCAGAUACGACUCACCAACUGGGGGACUUCUAGACACCCCGCAAAGCCCAGACCCAAAAUUCCACCCUGUGAUCCAGGGUUCUGCCUCCCUGAGAAAGGUGCAAGACUGAGAUUCAAUGAAUACGUAAUAAAUUCACCUGGUUGUGAUGAUUUA